CUUUACCCUGACACUAGUGACAGAAGAUCCCUCCCAGAAUCCUCCGCGCCUCCAUAGCAACACUUCCUGAGGUCGCCCCGGCAAGAUCAGCUGCCCCCAUGAAAGGUAGUGGGGCCAUAUCUUAUUUUUCUAUGGGACCCUAUGAAUUAUAUUUACACCUCUGUAGAAGCCCCAAAUGUAAUAAUCCUAAAGGGGUAGUCCACUGAAGAAACACACCGAUUUCCUGCCGUGUUGUGACAGGAAUAGAAGGUGGAUUGCUGUAGGAACCCCGGCACUGUUGGAACGACAGCGGUGGGAGGUUGGAAAACAACCAAUCACAGACUCCUUUCUACAAGAUAGACCCCAGAGCUGAUCAUCUAAGGAUGGAGAAGAACAAGAGCGCCAUAAAAGAGAAAAUAAUUAACCUCACGCUGGAGAUCCUCUAUCUGCUAACUGGAGAGGAUUAUAUUAUUGUGAAGAAGCCAGGUGGACAUGCCACACACAACAGACUUCAGGUCGUAGAAGGGAUUUGUAGGACUCUGGGAAAUGUUUUACUGACUCCACCUCACUCUGUGACACCUCAAGAGGACAAUGAACAGAAGAUCCUAGAACUGACCAACAAAAUCAUUGAGUUGCUGACUGGUGAGGUUUCUAUAAGAUGUCAGGAUGUCACUGUCUGUUUCUCAAUGGAGGAGUGGGAGUAUAUAGAAAGACACAAGGAUCUCUACAAAGACAUCCUGAUGGAGAACAGACAAAAUAUUAUAUUACCAGAUGGCCCCGAUUGCAAAAAUAGUCUUUUCUGUAAUGUAACUCCAGAAUAUCUAAAUGGAGAUGAUAUGGCUAUGGAUACUGAAUCUGAAACUGAAAGUUUAAAAAUACAUAGCCCUCUAGAUGUACAAACGUUUUCAAGAGAAGCCACUACCGGAAAAAUAUCUGGAUAUAAAAAUAGAAAUAUCAGUCAUGUAGAGGAUCUACACUAUUCCUCUAUUCAUAUUAAGGAGGAACCAUGUGAUGUCUCAUGGGAUGGAGAAAAUCUUCCAAAUACUACUGACCCAACUGUUCAAUUUCAUUCUGUUCAUAUUAAGGAGGAACCAGUCUCAGAUGAUGAAGAAAACUCCACAGACUCCAACAUUUAUACACAACAUGCUUAUCUCCAUAGUAUGGAGGGACCAGUCUCAUGUGGUGGACAAGAUCUCACUCUACCCAAUGUUUAUACAUCCACAGAUCCCUCACAGUAUCCAUAUACUCAUAAUAUUCAGGAAUCAUUCUCAUUUGAUAGAGGUAAGCUCGCAGAACCUGACAGUUAUAGGCCCACUGACCAUAUGCAUCAGCAUUCAACUAUUCAUAUUAUGGAGGAACCAGCCUUAUCCAACAGCGAAGACCACUACGACACCAACUUUAGUACACAGUACUUGCCUGUUCAAAUUAAGGAGGAACCAGUCUCAGGUGACGAUCAUAUACACAUCAAAACACGCAGAUAUCCUUCGAGACAAUCUACAUCUCCUAUUAAGCAAAGAGGACCAGCCUCACACAAAGGAAUAAAGCGCAAAAACCUCAAAAAUACUGUUAAAGAGCCUCCAGUUACAUCAACGGAUUCAGGUGAAACAGAUGAGAAUGAGAAAAACUGUUCUUCUGUCUACUCAGUCCGUCAAAGUGCCAACACAAUGGAGAUUUUGUAUCACUGUCCCAGUUGCCAUAAAGGCUUUUACAGUAACUUGGAUCUUGCUCGACAUCAAGUCAUUCACACCGUAGAUAAAUUUUUUAUAUGUUCCUUAUGUGGGAAAAGCUUCACAGAGAUGUCGUUCCUUGUGAAACACCAGGUCAUUCACACAGACUUGAAGUUGUGUGUGUGCCAGGUGUGCGGAGGAUGUUUCUACAGUGAAACGUCACUCGCAAAACACCAGAAAAGUCACUCGUUACCUAUGUACUGCUCCACGUGUGGCAGGUGCUUUUUCAGCAAGACAGAGUUGGAAAUGCACAAGCGGAAGCACACGGGCGAGAGACCCUACAGCUGUCACAUGUGUGGAAAACAUUUUAUUGCCAAAUCUGUUCUCAACAAACACAUGUUAACACAUACCCAAUCAGAACAGUCUAAAUGAUGUGGGCUUGAGGUCACUAAGGAUAUCCAUCUGGUAAAAACUGAUAGUAUCUUGACUUGGUCCAAUAUUAGUAAGUGAGAUUGUUGAUGUUUAUGUGGGCCAACGAUGAACAAACCACUGGAAUGCACCCCAAUUUUUAUCCUGUCUGCAAUAUUUGUUAAAGGUUUUGUCCCAGAAACUUAUAUUGAUGGCAAUGUCCUUAGGAUAGUUCAUCAAUAUUAGAUUGGCGGGGGUCCAACUCCCAGAACCCCUGCCGAUUUAGAUGUUUAACAGUAGCUCUGGAAAUAGGUGGCAGAACUACAAAGUUCCAUCCACUGGGCAAUAGCUGGAGCUGGUUACUGCACUGCUUCUCCCAUUGAAGUGAAUGAAAGCAGUAACCACUCCAUCCAGAGAUUUUUUUUGUACCACCACCUAUCUUCGGCAGCAAAGCUGCUGCUGAACAGCUGAUUUUCAGGGGUUCUGGAAGUCAGACCCCCACUGAUAUUGAUGUCCUCACCUAAGGAUAGGCCGUCAAUAUUAAAGUCCCUGACAACCCCUUUAACUAAAUCGUGGGUCUUCAAUUUCAAGUUUAGGUCAGGAGAAAACUACUACUGUAUGGCCUGCUCAUCUGUCUCCAUAACUUUGGCCACGGUGGCCACUGCAUAGGAUGCGUAUUCCCAUCUCCGCUAUGAACUGCAGAGAUGGGAUUACCUUUCUAAGACCUCAAGAAAGUUUAACAAGACUGCAUUUGGUUUCCUUUGCUCUGGAGGUAUCCCCAGACACUGUUGUGUUUGACGAAGGUCUCUUCUGAGCUCUAUGGCUUUUGUUAGCGUAUGAAUUUGUUGGGAUAAGGUAAAGUCAUUUUAAUUGUAGUUUUGAUAUACGAUACAUAAAUAUAUACUAUUGUUCGAUCUGGAGCACAGGGUUGUACUCAUUAUUGCUGUUGGGGCCAGCAGCUCCUCUAACUAUAUAAGAUGUAAUAGGGAAGCUAAAAAUAUUGCUAUGGUGUCACCAGGUGUUAUACGAGGUAUACAGUUAAAUGCACUACUCACCAGUAUGCAAGUUAGCAUGCUGCAGAUCUUGCCUUCUUGCAUCUCUACCAAUUUUCCACUUCAUCAGGUCUUCUAGAAGAAGCCUCAUGGAACCCUGUGCAUUAGUUUCUGCUCAGAUACUGUGUGGGAAAGAGCAGUUGGUCUCAUUUGGUACAAGGAUGAAUUUAUAGGUUACAAACCUUGAAUUGAAUAUAGAUCUAGAGCUUAAAGGGGCUGUUCAUCUUCUGGGUCUUUUGGCAGAACGCCCCUCAUGGAUAGACCUGCAGAGGGACACAUACUUACCUGCGCCACUGGGACCGCCUCCUUUCCUCCCCAGCUGCUGCUGAAGCGCUCUAGUCCUUCACUGUCAAUCUUUGAUUUAACACAGCUGCAGCCAAUGACUGGCCGCAGCAGUGACCUGCCCCCCUUGCAUCAGGUCAAUUGGUCAUGUGACGCAAGUGGGGAGCACAUCACCACUGCAGCCACUCAUUGGCUUCAGCCAUGUCAAACCAGAUCUUGACAGACGGGGACCCUAAGUGCUGCAGCAGUGGUGGGGGAGCAAAAGAGCCAGGACCUAGCAGUGGGAAGCAGGUAAGUAUGCUUUCCUCUGCAGGUCUGCCCAUAUUGGUCUGCCAAAAGAGGAAAAACCCUUUUAAAGGGGUGGUCCCACAAUCGACAUUUAUCACCUAUCCACAGGACCUCCACUCAAACUAGAACAGGGGUCUCGAGACCACCUUUCUUAGUCACUGUACACCCGCAGCCAGGAAUUUGAAUUGAGUGGUCAAACAUGUGCACAGUCUAUGAGAGUGAUGGAGACAACCCACCACCACGCUAUUCAUGACUGCUGUGAGGAGAAAUUAGGGUCUUAGAAAAAUCAUUCUAGUGAACGCUGAAUUGGUCUAUAGGUUCGUUUUGUAUUGCAAUUCAGCUGCAUUUACUUUAAAGGGGUGACCUAUCCACAGGUCAUCAAUACAGUUGCAGAUAGCCCCUUUAACACCUAGCCUGUGGAUAGGUGAUAAAUAGCCAUUUUGGGUUAACCCCUUUGGUUUGCGUAGGUGUAUAUACAGGACAUAUCACAUUAAUACCUUUUCUGGGAGCUUUGGGGAUAUAUUGGGAUUUAUGCCUAUUUUAUGGUGUCUGCUUAGGUGAAGGGUUUGGUUUAUCAUUUUUUUAACCCUAUUAAAGGGGAUUGUCCCAAGAUUUUAAUGUAUUACCUGUCCACAGGAUGGGUGAUAGGUGUCUGAACAGAGGGGAUCUGACUGCUGGGACCCCUACCAUCAUGAUAAAGGGGGGGAUCUGUUGAGCGUGCAUACUGGCUGUGCUCUAUUCAUCUCUAUGGGGCUGCCAAAGAAAAGGGAGUACACUGCUCAGCUAUCGGUGGCAGCCCUAUAGAGAUGAACGUAGCAGCGGCACACAUACUUGACCACUGCUCCAUUCAUAUGGGGGAACACAGGAUCCUCGUUAUUGCUAUUGGUGGGGGUCCAACCGCUUGGACCCCACCAUUCAGGCACUAUCCUCACCAAUCAGUUCCAUGUGGAUAGGUGACAAGUUUAAAUCGUAGGACUACCCCUUAAAGUAUAUAUCAUGUUGGGCUGUAUUGUGAGGGUCCAUGCCCCAAAAAAAUUGUAUAUGAGCUAAACUCAAGUACAGUCUCCUACAGAUUGUUUUCCCCUUUGUACCGCUGACAUCUACAAAUAGAAUUGGUGAAGGCAUUGUGAAGUGGGACGUUCAAGAGAAAGGAGA